CCUCCCCCUUGCCGCGCUCCCAGCCCGGGCACAGUCCCGCAGCCAUGGCAGAGGAGCGGAGCCAGCUGGAGGAGAGAAUCAUCAUCAAGGACCAGCACACCAAGGAGAUCGACCUGGUCAACAGGGACCCCAAGCACAUCAACGAGGACGUGGUGAAGGUGGACUUUGAGGAUGUGAUAGCUGAGCCCGUGGGCACAUACAGCUUCGACGGCGUCUGGAAAACCAGCUACACCACCUUCACCGUCAGCAAGUACUGGUGCUACCGCCUGCUCUCCGCCCUCCUGGGCAUCCCCCUGGCCGUCGUCUGGGGCUUCCUCUUCGCCCUCAUCUCCUUCUGCCACAUCUGGGCAGUGGUGCCCUGCAUCAAGAGCUACCUGAUCGAGAUCCAGUGUGUCAGCCGCAUCUACUCGCUCUGCAUCCACACUUUCUGCGACCCGCUCUUCGAGGCGCUCGCCAAGAUCUGCAGCAACAUCCGAGUGGCUGUCCGGAAGGAGAUUUAGGUCCUGGCAGCUGCCCCAACGGCCCUGGCACAACCCCCUCAGUGCAGCUCCCUGUCCCUGGGCACAGGGCACACGGACAUCCCUGCCCUCUGAGGGAGCUCACACGGACACCCCUGUUCCUGGGCACAUGGACACCCCUGCCCUCUGAGGGAGCUCACACGGACACCCCUGCCCCUGGACACACAGACAUCCCUGUCUGCUGAGAGAGCUUACACAGACACCCCUGCCCUCUGAGGGAGCUCACACGGACAGCCCUGUCCCUGGACACACGGACACUCCUGUUCCUGGGCACACAGAAACUCCUGUUGCUGGGCACAUGGACACUCCUGUUCCUGGGCUCACGGACACCCCUGCCCUCUGAGGGAGCUCAUAUGGACAGCCCUGUCCCUGGGCACAUGGACAUCCCUGUCUGCUGAGAGAGCUUACACAGACACCCCUGCCCUCUGAGGGAGUUCACACGGACACCCCUGCCCCUGGGCACAUGGACACUCCUGUUCCUGGGCACAUGGACACCCCUGCCCUCUGAGGGAGCUCACACAGACACCCCUGCGCUCUGAGGGAGCUCACAUGGACACCUGUGAUGUGGGAAGGGUGCUUGGUGGCAGGACCCGCAGCAGAGCCGGCUCUCAGGACGCUCUCUGCACACGGAGCAGGCCAGGCUGCUCCUUACUCCAUCCCAAAGGCAGAAGCCUUAGGAGAAGCAAAGCCCAUCGUGGCUCAGGGGACAGCCCAGAGACCCCUGUGCCCUGCAGGACCCCCGGGAGCUCCUGUGCAGGGACAGCAGCACCUCCUGGAGCAGAGCCUGGGCACAGCCUGCAGAGCUGCAGAGCUGCUGCUGGGCACCGACCAAAGCCUGCCCGCUGCUCCAGCCCUUCAGGCUGGGCUGGCACUGGCACAAACUCCCUCACAGGAGUUAUUAUUUGUGGCAAACAGUUGCUGUGGAUGGAGCUUCUGCAUUAAACCGCUGCACAAAACUUUUUAGGGAUAGAAUAGCUUAAACCAAACUUUUUUUUUUUUUUUUUUGUGCCUACUUGCAUUUCAGCCAAGCUGUGAGAGCCAGGCCAACCCAUGCAUGACAAGUUGUGUCUGCUCUGAGAGCGUGAGCUGAUCCUGGGCUGCUGCCAGCUGCAAACCCUCGUGUGGCACUUGGGGGCUCAAUUUUGUCCUAAUUGUGGAGCACGGCUAAGUGCCGUGGGCAGGGUCCGGGGCAGGACAGCGCGGGAGGAGCCAGCCCUGGGCGCUGCGGCUGCGGGAGGGCAGGGGACGGACACACGGAGCUUCUGGGAGCCUCACCUGAGACAGACUGGGCUCUAAGAGAGCUCAGGCUCCUCUCUCAGGGACAGCCUUCAGUGCACACGCUGUGUGUGCCAGUGCCGAGCGAGCUCCAGGCGCAGCGAUGCCUGGGUCCCUCCCGUGUCCCGGGAUGCAGCGAGAGAGGCUGCGGGAGGGCAGGACCCGCACCCAGCCGGGACCCUCCCUCAGCAUCCCGGGGGACGGAUGGGGAGGGCAGAGGAAGGAGCCUCUGCCGGGACCCUGCGGCUCCAGCUCCAGGGAAACAGGAGCGAGGGGCGAGAGGCGCAAGAGGCGCAGUUCAGGGCUGUCUCCUCCCCUGUAGUGACAAUUAACUUGUCGGUCCCUCUUCCACGGAGCUGCACUUUCACUUUGAGGCCCUUGGAUGCUCUUUUGGCUCCAGCCUUAAGUGCUGUGCUGAACCAGGGCCCAGAAGGUCUCAUUGUUCAGAGGCUGUUCUCAAUUGGCUCCAUGAGCUCCUCCCCCUUGGCUUCCAGCAAAGACUUGGAGCCAAAGACUCCUCUAGUGCCAUGCCAAGGAUGAGAAAGAGCCAGGUUUUCUACUGGAGCUUUUCCAAGGGCUUGGGAUUGUGCACUGCUGUUAUUCCAUAGCAAUGUGGUACCCAAGCUCCAGCAACAUCAGGGCUCGAGAAGGAUGGAGUGAAUAAUAAAAAAAGAUCUUUAGGUAAUUAUAGGGGGAGUGGGGGAAAGUCUCAAAAAACACUUCAUUUU